CCCGCCAAUGGACUGGUCAACUCCACGGCAAGCAUUGUGAUAUUAUGGUAUGAGUGAAGAUAGAUUCCUGCAAUGAUUGCGCUUUCUCCUCGAACCCCGUCCUGAUAUCCUCCUGCACCUUCGCCCAACAUGAAAGCCAUACAAGUCACUAAAUAUGUGUCCGGACCUCAAGAGCUGUCUGUGACCACGUUACCUACCCCAACUCCCGAUCCAACGAAAUACCUGAUCAAGAUCCAUGCCUGCGGGACGAAUUUCUUUGACCUCCUCCAGAUCCAGGGCAAAUAUCAACAUCAGCCGCCCUUGCCAUGGAUCUCGGGUAUGGAAUUUGCCGGUGUCGUCAUUGCCACGCCCACAUCGACCCAGGGGACUUCGGGCGCUGUUGCGAGCAGCCUAGACGGGACCGUGAACACAAGGAGAGACCACUUGUUCAAGGUCGGUGACAGAGUGUUUGGCGGAUUCCAUGGAGCAUAUGCAACACAUAUUUCAGUGCCUGAAUCAAACCUGUUUCCUAUACCUGAAGGUUGGAGUUUUGCAGAUGCGUCCGGCAUCUACGUGACCACUCCGACCGCAUAUGGUGCAUUGGUAACAAGAGCAAAGACACAACCAGGCGAGUGGGUUCUCGUACAUGCCGGGGCUGGUGGUGUUGGUCUGUCUGCCGUUCAGAUCGCAAAAGCACUGGGAGCUACGGUUAUCGCGACGGCAAGCACAGACCGAAAGAGGCAGGUUUGUCUGGAUUUUGGUGCGGACUAUGUGGUCGACUAUCGUGAUAAGGCCUGGCCACAAAAGGUAAUUGAGCUUUGUGCAAAACAUCGAACAGGCAACGGCAAGGCCGGUGUGGACGUGGUGUAUGAUCCAGUUGGCAUGAUUGACCCGUCGAUGAAGUGUAUAGCGUGGAAUGGGCGGCUACUCGUCAUUGGCUUUGCCGGCGGCAACAUUGAGAAAGUCGCCCUCAACCGAGUUCUACUAAAGAAUAUCAGCAUUGUCGGUCUGCAUUGGGGCAUGUAUAGCACGAAGGAACCGGAGACCAUGCACACAGUGUGGCAAGGCAUCUUCGACAUGAUCAAGGCUGGUAAGCUGAAGGGUAUCACAUAUACAGACAAGCACUACAAGGGCCUGGAAAGCGUUCCUCAAGCAUUGAUCGCGCUUGGUGCACGCGACACUUGGGGCAAGGUAGUCGUUGAACUCGGAGAGCAUGAAGGCGAAGAAGGAAAGAGUAAGCUGUGAAGCUCGAUGAUCGCGUAUAACUGCAAAAGAUCGUUGCCGUGGGAUCGAAGUUUUCUAUCUCUGGGUAAAAGGCUCCCUCCUUCGUAGACUCCAUAAAACUGCAUUGAUACUUUUUGUCUGUUGGGCAGGUGUUUACUGGACAGCAAUGGCUUCAAUCUCAACAUCAACGCCCUUGGGAAGC